AUGGCGAUCCGCGGCGCAGUUCAACACGAAGUUCCUCCGCCGUUGCCCCCGCCGCGGUAUGUCCCUCCUGACUGCCCUGUCUGUCCGUCCCUGCAGGGCAAGGAAAGGAUGCGACGGGAGGAGUACGGUGCGUCCGAUACCGACUCGUUCGGUCUCAGCUUUCGGCGACCAGACUUCUCGCUCCGAAAUGAACCUCCAGAUGAUGGAUAUCACAGCUUGGACAGCACCCGGUCUUCUAGUGCUUUCCUCCCGCGGUUCGGACAUCAUGCUAUGAAGAGCUUGCGUCCAGGCAUGGACACCCGUGACUCGAUCGACAGCUCAAUGCUCGAAAAACUGAACCGCUCCGUCGGACGAUCGGGUUUGAGCACGUCUCUAAGCGACCUUUCGCAUACCCGCCAUAUACAGCCUCCUCCGAUAACGCUUUCGCUGCCACAUCGAACAAAGCAGCCCUACCUCGAGUCAAUUUUCACGAAUUCCUCCGGCGGUUUGUCUGCGACAUCCCCCCUAGGAGCGCCGUUCGGGCGGAGCUCGUCGUUUGCUGAGGGAACCGACUAUGAUCGUGCCCCAUACAGGAAUUUUUCCCGGAUACAUGGCGGGUCUGUCUCGGAGGACCGCAAUGGCUGUGCAUACACUGGCACUGAUGUUCGAGAUGAUGACGUACACUUUCCCAUGGAUGACUCAGAAACGACUCGUAUGCGUAGUUUGCACAUUGAUGACCUAUGGGCUAGUCGUGGCGGCGAGCGCGAAAGGGACUGGGAUCGGGAUAAGGAUUGGGAAAGAGAUCAUAGGGAUCGGGAAUACUAUCAACCGGGUCAGAAACGCCGAGCAUCAUCUCCGCCUGGCGAUGAAGCAGGGCUGGGUAGUGAUCCUCUGCGGAGGAGGGACGGGGCGCUCGCUCGGAGCUCGCCAACUCCUCGACUGCUGAUGCCGCAUAGCUCGGCCCCGAGCAUAUGCUCAGUUAGCCGUAGUGGCAGCCACACCAACUAUCUCCCAACUACCAGCAACCUGACGGGUAUGGGGUCUUUUGGGCGCCGUUCGCCGAGUGUUAUCUCUCCCGGUGGCCUAUCUCCCACUGAUCAAUUGAACUGCUCCAACAACUAUCCUACUCCUACAACACUAUCCGCUGCGCCGCAUGCCCUGACCGGGAGGACCUCAACAGCCUCUUCACCUCAUCAACGCACUCAUAGUGAGCAACCUUUGCUGGCCGGCCGCACUCCUGUUUCGCCUCGGAAACUUCCUGAAAUCCCCAAGAGUUCUAGCACACUGUCUGCCAAGUUGAAAGGACCGUAUAUGUGCGAGUGCUGUCCCAAAAAACCGAAGAAAUUCGACACUGAGGAAGAACUCAGAGCACAUGAGGCUGAGAAGCAAUACGAAUGUUCAUUCUGCGGUAACCGAUUCAAGAAUAAAAAUGAGGCGGAACGGCAUCAAAACUCCCUCCACGUGCGGCGGCAUAGCUGGUCAUGCGCAGCUUUGACCAGCUAUGAGCGAGCGUUUCAUGAAAGCACCACAAGACCUGGAGAGGUGGACAUUUGUGGUUAUUGUGGCAAAGAGUUUAACAGGACUGGUGGCAGCCAAGGUGCCCAGGGCGGUCUGCGUGCAAGCGAACAGGAUUGGGAAGAACGCGUUCGCCACCUGCAAGAGAUACACAAAUUUCGCGAGUGCAACGCGAGCAAGAAGUUCUACCGAGCAGAUCAUUUCCGGCAGCACCUCAAGCACAGCCAUGCAGGCACAAGCGGGAAGUGGACGAACAUGCUGGAGAAUGCCUGUAUGAUGGAGGAGGAGCCUUCGGUCCAAACAAGAUGA